UGACCCGGACCUUCCCGGUCCUGGCCGUGCCGUGGCAGGCCGUGCCGUGCCACCUCGGCGGGAUGUGCGGCCGCACCGCCUGCUCGCUGGGCGCCGAUCGCCUCCGCCGUGCCUGCGCCUACCGCGACCGGCGGGGCAGGCGGCGGCAGCCCGAGUGGGUGCGGGAGGAGCGGUACCGGCCCUCCUACAACAAGGGCCCGCAGUCCAGCGGCCCCGUCCUGCUGUCCCGCAAGCACCUGCAGCAGGAUGCGGACUCCUCCGAGCGGGUCCUCAUGGACAUGCGGUGGGGCCUGGUUCCCUCCUGGUUCAAAGAGGACGACCCCUCCAAAAUGCAGUUUAAAACCUCCAACUGCCGCAGCGACACCAUGCUGAGCAAGUUCUCCUACAAGGGCCCUCUCCUCAAGGGCAAGCGCUGCGUGGUGCUGGCGGAUGGCUUCUACGAGUGGCAGCAGUGCGGCGGGGGCAAGCAGCCCUACUUCAUUUACUUCCCCCAGACCAAGGACGACCUGGCCGAGGGGGAAGAUGAAGACAAGGAAUGGAAAGGCUGGAGGCUGCUCACCAUGGCUGGGAUUUUCGACUGCUGGGAGCCACCGGCGGGAGGAGAAGCGCUGUACACCUACACCAUCAUCACCGUGGACGCCUCAAAGGACCUGAGCUUCAUCCACCACAGGAUGCCGGCCAUCCUGGACGGGGAAGAGGCCAUCAGGAAAUGGCUGGACUUUGCUGAAGUGCCCACCCAGGAGGCGGUUAAACUCAUCCAGCCCACCGAGAACAUCGUUUUCCACCCCGUGUCCACCUUUGUCAACAGCGUGCGCAACGACACGCCCGAGUGCCUCGCGCCCAUCGAGCUGGGAGCCAAGAAGGAGGUCAAAGCCACCGCGAGCAGCAAAGUGAUGCUGGGCUGGUUAAAAAACUCCCAGGAGGCUUCCCCCAAGAAGAAAGAAAAUGAAUUGCCCAGGUGGACGAGCCAGUUCAUCCACAGCCCUUCGCCCAAGAAAAGCAGCGCGGGCAUCCUGCAGCAGUGGCUGGGGAAGGAGGGAGAGCCGGCUGCGAAGAAACGCAAGGCUUAGCAGCAGCUGGGGUGGCUGGCCAUCCGUUUCUCUCCUGAUUUCCCUGAGCAGAAGGAAGAAUGUGUGUUGGAAGGCUUCGCAGAGUGCUGCUGAGAUUCUCCAAGCCUCUCAAGUGUUGAUCUGAUGUCCUGGGUUGUUGUCUCUGUCCUUUGUGUGUUCUGAAAGGCUACUGCUUGCCUCCUCUCAUUUCCUUUUUUGUUUGUUUGUUUGUUUUUUGUAUUAAACUCAUACCUCUUUUCCGUUUAAUUCCAUGUUGCUUCUGUACAAACUCCUUUCUAAUGCUCCCUCCCUCAAAAAGCACCGGCAGUGCAGACACGUGCAGUAAGUACUAAGAGGAAACCCAAGGCCGGGAGGCUCCGCCAGAGGCGUCCCGCCCUGUCCAGCACUGCAGCCGUGGGCCUCGGGAAACGGGUUAAAAAUUCUCCCUGGAGGAACUGGACUUUGCCUGGGUUUCCCUGCAGGGAGCGGGGUGGGUGAACGUCUCGGUCACGUUGCUUGCACAAUCAUUUGUUAAUGGGAUUGGGUGACUUAGGGAGGAUUUGCUUGAUCUGUGGCUGGAUGCACUCUGCCUUGCCCAUAAAGGUCACUCGUUAAAGCCCAGAUAACCACAGUGCCACCGCAGAGCAGCACGGGGCCGCUGGUUUUGAGGUCAGGGAUUUUGUAAACAGAGCCAGAUGUUGCAGGCCAAAAGCCUUACGUGUUGGGGCCCUUGCUGGAAAGCGGUUCUUAAUUUGUACUGGAAGCAAUAAAAUGGGAUUGACUGGUG